UGUCCGUAAUGUUUAGAAACUGCGCCUUCUGACGCGAGGGAAGCGCGGAGCAGUGCUGCCCAAAUCACCCUUUGUGCUCGCUCUUCCCGGAGGAAACCUUUCCAAGACUUUGGGAAUAAUGUGAAACGCCGUUGAAUUUCUGGGCUGUGUGUUUUUUGGGGGACAUCAAACAGUUUUGGGAAAAAAAGAUGGCGAGCACUUUGAUUAACGCGUGCCUUGCAGUGGUUUUUCUUGGAUUUUUCGUGUUCACACUCCCUUCAGUCAAGGCACAGACAGAGGAGGAUGUUGAAGAGGAGGAGAGGUCUUGUCAAGGCGCUUUCGACUUGUACUUUGUCCUCGACAAAUCUGGGAGUGUCAAACAUCACUGGAUAGAGAUCUAUUCCUUUGUUGAACAUCUGGCAGAGAAAUUCAUCAGCCCGAUGCUCAGAAUGUCCUUCAUUGUCUUCUCGUCACGGGGAACCACCAUCAUGAAGCUGACAGAGAACAGGGAUAAAAUACAGAAAGGGCUGAAUUCUUUGAAGAAGGAGAUACCAGGGGGCGAUACCUUUAUGCACUUGGGCCUUGAAAAGGCGAACGAGCAAAUUUACUACGAGAAUUACGGGACGGCGAGCGUCAUCAUCGCCCUGACGGACGGCGAGCUGAACGUGCAGCAGUUGGACACGGCGCAGCGGGAGGCGGAGAGGGCGCGGUCCCUGGGGGCCAUCGUGUACUGCGUGGGGGUUAAGGACUUCAACGAGACGCAGCUGGCCACGAUCGCGGACACCAUCGAGCACGUGUUUCCUGUCAUGGGCGGGUUUCAGGCCCUGCGAGGGAUGAUCGACUCGAUCAUAAAGAAGUCGUGCAUCGAGAUAUUGGCGGCAGAGCCAUCCAGCGUCUGUGCAGGAGAGUCAUUUCAAGUGGUGGUGCGGGGGAAUGGUUUUCUACAUGCCAGAAACAUCGACCAGGUCCUCUGCAGCUUCAAAGUCAAUGACACCAUCACCAUAAAUGAGAAACCCGCAGACAUUGAGGACACCUACCUGCUCUGCCCUGCGCCGGUGAUAGACGAAGUCGGAAAGGUCGUCUACCUACAAGUGAGCAUGAAUGAAGGCCUGUCGUUCAUCACCAGCUCUGUGCACAUCACCACCACCGAAUGCUUUGAUGGUACGAUCCUGCUGAUCACGCUGCUGAUCCUGCUGCUGCUGCUGGCCCUCGUGCUGAUGUGGUGGUUCUGGCCUCUCUGCUGCACUGUGGUGAUCAAAGAACCCCCACCACCCCCUCCCCCGGAACCAGAGUCAGACGAUGAGGACGGGAUGCCCAAAAAGAAGUGGCCCACAGUGGACGCAUCGUACUACGGUGGGCGAGGAGUCGGGGGCAUCAAAAGGAUGGAGGUGCGCUGGGGCGGGAAGGGCUCCACAGAGGAGGGGGCCAAGCUGGAGAAGCCCAAAAACGCGGUGGUGAAGAUGCCGGAGCAGGAGUUUGAGCCGUACGAGCCCAAACCCAGGAAGCACAGCAGCCGGAGGCCAUACGCAGAGAGGAGGUGGUACACGCCCAUACAGGGCAAGCUGGACGCCCUCUGGGCCCUGUUUCGCCGAGGGUACGACCAGGUGUCCCUCAUGAGGCCACUACCUGGGGACCAGGGUCGGUGUAUCAACUUCACCAGGGUGAAAGAGGAAUCGGCAAGGGCCCCCCCCCCUCAUGCCCACAAACCCCAGCCCCCCCCGCCGGACUACACACCGUUGAUGGAGCCCCCCAGCAGAGAGCCCCCCACCACCCUGAGCCGCCCUCCCCCCGGGCCCCCCCCGGCUCGCACCCCGCCCGGCCCCCCAGGACCCCCGCCCUCUCGCCCCCCUCCCUCCCUACAGAACAGCCCCUGA